GCCCAGCAAAGAGCUCAGGCACAGCGUGCAAAGAAUCAACGAGCCCCUUCGGAUCGACCGCCGGGACGAGCCGCGACUUCACUCGCGGGACUGCGCAUGUGCCGUAGGCGGCCGCCCGGAGGUACUGACAGCGGUGCGGCCGGGCCAGCCUUCGCGCAGGCGCGCUGGCGGCUGCCCGGGGCGCUUCCGCCUCCCCGCCGCCGCCGUCGCCAUGGCCGCGCCGGCCCCGGGCCUCAUCUCGGUCUUCUCGAGUCCGCAGGAGCUGGGCGCGUCGCUAGCGCAACUGGUGGCGCAGCGGGCGGCGUGCUGCCUGGCGGGGGCCCGCGCCCGCUUCGCGCUCGGCCUGUCGGGCGGCAGCCUCGUCUCGAUGCUGGCCCGUGAGCUGCCCGCCGCCGCCGCCCCCGCCGGCCCCGCCAGCCUCGCGCGCUGGACCGUAGGCUUCUGCGACGAGCGCCUCGUGCCCUUCGAGCACGCCGAGAGCACGUACGGUCUCUAUCGGACCCACUUGCUCUCCAGGCUGCCCAUUCCCGACAGCCAGGUGAUCACCAUUAACCCCCAGCUUCCUGUGGAGGAGGCGGCCGAGGACUAUGCCAAGAAGCUGAGACAGGCCUUCCAAGGGGACGCCAUUCCGGUUUUUGACCUGCUGAUUCUCGGAGUGGGUCCUGACGGCCACACCUGCUCACUCUUCCCGGACCACCCCCUCCUGCAGGAGCGGGAGAAGAUCGUGGCCCCUAUCAGCGACUCCCCAAAGCCACCACCAGAGCGUGUGACCCUCACGCUUCCUGUGCUAAAUGCAGCCCGAACGGUCAUUUUUGUGGCAACCGGAGAAGGCAAGGCAGCUGUUCUGAAGCGCAUUUUGGAGGCCAAGGAGGAGAACCCCCUCCCCGCCGCCCUGGUCCAGCCCCACACGGGGAAACUUUGCUGGUUCCUGGACGAGGCCGCGGCGCGACUCCUGACUGUGCCCUUCGAGAAGCAUUCCACUUUGUAGCUGGCCCCGAGGGACACCGCAGCUGGGACCACAGACGGCCCCCGUGGGCCGGGACCUUCCUGGGCUGGGCCCCGCUGCCCCCGCCGCCGCUCCAGGCUUCAUUUUCGAAAAGCCGCGUGGUGCCGCCAGAAGCCCCCGGGGUCCAGCCACCGGCCCGGCCCGGGGGCCCUCAGCCCACCGGCCGUGGCUCUGGGUGACCGGAUAUUAAAGGGCGCGUGUGCUUGAA